GAAGGAGGGAGCCGGGGAGCGGGCCAGGGGAGAAGCCGCGCCGAAGUCGGCUUGGGAGCCGGAGGGAGCGGAGCGCUAGCCGAGCGCAGCCUGCGGGGGCGGGGGCGGCGGCCGCAGCGGCGGAGCUGGGAGCAGGAACAGGUUCAAGUUCUCCAUACCAGGGUCCAGGCCAAAACCAGAUUGCCACUGCCCCCACUUGGGCGCCACUGUCCUCAGAAAGCAGCUGCUGUGAUCAUGGGCAAUAUCUUUGGAAACCUUCUCAAGAGCCUCAUUGGGAAGAAGGAGAUGCGCAUCCUGAUGGUGGGCCUGGAUGCCGCAGGAAAGACCACCAUCCUGUACAAACUGAAACUGGGAGAGAUCGUCACCACCAUCCCUACCAUUGGGUUCAAUGUGGAGACAGUCGAGUAUAAGAACAUCAGCUUCACAGUGUGGGAUGUGGGUGGCCAGGACAAGAUUCGGCCCCUCUGGAGACACUACUUCCAGAACACCCAAGGGUUGAUAUUUGUGGUGGACAGCAAUGAUCGGGAACGGGUAAAUGAGGCCCGGGAAGAGCUGAUGAGGAUGCUGGCAGAGGAUGAGCUCCGGGAUGCUGUGCUCCUUGUCUUUGCAAACAAACAGGAUCUGCCUAAUGCUAUGAAUGCUGCUGAGAUCACGGACAAGCUGGGCCUGCAUUCUCUGCGUCAUCGCAACUGGUACAUUCAGGCCACCUGUGCCACCAGCGGGGAUGGGCUGUAUGAAGGCCUGGACUGGCUGGCCAAUCAGCUCAAAAACAAGAAAUGAGAGCCAGGCAGCCCUAUCCAACUGUCCCACCCUCUCCUGACCUACCUACUGUCUUUUUACCCCAGCCCUACCCCUUCCUUCCCAUUUGCAAGUGUGGCCAGGGCCCUGGGUAUCAUGUCCGCAUACCCAGCAAGAGCCUUACCUCCCCUGCCUCCCUUCUUCUCCCCUGUCCACUGACAUGAACAGUCCCCAAUUGCUGUCCUGAUGAUGAAUCAUUCCAAUUUACUGGAUUUAAAACAAAAACAAGGUUGUUAUGGUUUCAUGGGGUGGCCCCCCUCUCUCUCACCCUCUGGGUUUUGGGAGGUGGGGUGGGGCAUUCUCUCCAUUUGCUUCAUUUGGCACUGGUUGCUGUGCUCUUGGCAUCUGAGUCCCUUCCCUGUCCCCACAAGCCCCUCUCCUACUCCCUGUCUCCCUUUACUUCACCACCCUCUCCCUGUUCUACAUGGAAAUUGCACGGGCCUCUGUGUGUGCGUGCAUGUGUGCACCUGUAUAUACAUGUAUAGAGAGAUAUAUAUGUGGGGGCCAGGGGAAGGAGGGUGUGGAGUACAGCUCAGGGCUUGCAGCCAGGACACUGCCCACUGGAGCCUAUCAUCUGCCCCAUCCAUGUUGGUGAGGUGUAAAGGUAAGAAAGUAGGAGGGUUUUAAUCAGGCUGGACUGCUCUAGUCUUGAACUGGUUCCUCUCCUCUCUGUAGUAGGUUUUCCUGGGUGAUAGGACAGAUGAUGGAUUCUCCACCACCAUCUUCCUUGUACCCCUCUCUCCACCCUUCUUAGGGCAGGGGGGUGGCAUUUCUCACUAGAUGACUGUUCCCAAGGAGAAGCCAUUGUGCUCUGCCUUGUUAGUGGGAAGGAGAGAGGAACCCACUCGUUCUUACCAGCCCAGAAUGUUCAACUGAUCCUCCCCCAGCAUCCUUAGAUCUGUUCCCCAGGAGCUUGAGGGGGAGGUGGGGAUAGCAAGACCAUGGUGUGUGUUUGGGACCCAGGGCACAGGGGAAAAGGGAAGGCCUUAGGUUUUCCAUCUUCAUUUUCUUUUGUUAUUAGGAGGUGAGGCAUGGAUCAGUCCCAUUCCUGCCUUCGCACACUCCGCCCUUUAUCUUCUGGUCUUGGGGGCUGGAUGGUUCAUCUGUCCUUUGUCAGAAGUUUUCUCACCUUAGUGGUCCUGCUGGCUUGACCAGGGCUGACUGGGUGAUCUAAUGUGGAGCAGGGUGAUAUCACAGACCUCAGUAUCAAUCCCCCUAUUCUCCAACUCUCUCUCUUUUUCUAGUCCAGGAUGUGCUAAUGGAUGAAGAUUUUCUGUUGUUUUCAGGCCCUCAGACCAUCUUUGCUGUUCCUUCCUCUUCUGUUCAAACAACUUUCCCCAUAUCCUUACCUCUUCCCAUAAAUAGAUGUGGGGGUUGGAGUGUAGGAAAUAGAGCCCUGAAGUGCUUGUUGGUGCUGGUGGGAUACAGUGGACUUCAGGGUCCUCCCCCAUUAUUAGGUAGUUGUUCAGAAGCUGCUGCUACUGGAUCUCUCUGUCUACAAGCGGCACUUGUCCCUGAGGUCCUGGCCUGGGUCCUGAUUUCUGCGGUUUCUGUGAAGCCGUGGCUUUUCUGUGGGCUCCUGUGUGUACUGGCUGCGCCCUGAGCUCCAAGACAGCUGCCCAUAUCCUUUCUCCUAAGGUCAGGGCCCAGGGCUUCCCACAGCAUGGCUGAGCGACCCCUUCUCAGAAGGGCUGUCCCAAGCCCCACUCCAUGGGGCCAGGCUUCCUGCCACCUUUGUCUACAGCAGGCAGAUAAAUAACCUCUACCCCACCCCAGAUUGAACUGUGAAAGAGAGGUUCCAGGGGUCUCUCCCUCAGUGCCAGUUACUUAGUGAUAUGUUACUUAACCAAGAUGCAGUGGGCGUGUGCAGAUAUCUUGCUCUCUAGGCCUUUGUAUGUAUGUGUGUGUGUUGGGGGGUGCUGGAGGUUCUAGUUCAUUUUUAAAUGUGUUCACUCCCCUGACCCCACAGAUACCUCUCUGCACACUUUUUCUUUGCUCUGUUUUCUCAGAUUUUUUUUUGUCCUGCCCUUGUUGCCUGCCUGAACUCUUUUCUUGCCUUCUCAACUCAUUCACUGCUGUUGCCUAUUUUUUUUCUUUUUUUCUUUUUUUCUUUCCAGAAGACUAUAUGUGCUCUGAUGUUGCCUGUUUUUCUUUUCCUUGUUUUUUUCCUACUUGUGAUUCCCCACUCUCUAUUUUUGUGGUUGGUGAGGUCUUUGCCUCUCCUGCCUCACUCCCUCUCUGACCCUCCCUAGUUAGAUGCCAUUCCCAAAUAUGUUGUCCUCAUUUCAGGCCUCACCCCCACCUUUUUGGGGGGGCUCCAGGGACCAAUUUGGGUCCAAGGGUGUUAGGAAGCAGCCUUGGAGGUUGCCUUGGUGCUGCUCCAGAUCUUUCCAGCAGGGGGCAGUAGGUUAUCUUGGUGGUAUCCUUGGCUGCUAGGCCCUUGGCAGGGGUGGUCCUUUCUACAUUCCCAUUCACCUAACAGCUCUUUUGGGAUUGGGUGUUUCAUUCCAUUUCUGCCCACUUCCUCCCGCGCUCUCCUUUGGUGGGUUUGAUUUUAUGCUUUCCCAUGUUCCAGCUUUCUUCCUGGGGGUCCCCCUCCCUGCCACCCCCGAAGUUUGUUUGUGGUGUUAUAGUGGUAACUGCAGUUCUGACCUGGUUUCUCUCUUCUUUUUUCCUCCUCUGGAAUGUAGACUGUAUAUGUUUAAUAACUCACCUUCUCUAUCCUUGCUCAAAAUGUGGGAUAAU